AUGAAGACCUUAUACUACUUUCACAAACAAAAUGUUACUGAAGCUGAAGAAGAAGACAGUGAAGAUGAAAAUGUAAACAAAGAAGUUUCGCAAAUUUCAAACAAUGAAGCAAGAAAGAUAUUUGCCAAGGGCAUUCAAUGUGCCGAACAAAACAAUGCAUCUCAAAUGGAUAUCCUUCUUCUUAAGGCGUUCGACAGUUUACUUAAAAUGACGUUCAAGACAGGUCACAAACCAGGAAGAACUAUUCUAGUACUUAAAAUCAUGUACUUUUACGGUCAUAUUUUCGGGAUGUUCUUUUUCACUUUGACUAAAAAUCGCUCACGUGUAAAAUUAUCUCGGACAGUUCAAAUGUUUGCCGUAAUAUUUCGGAUUUUGUGUCUUGCUUGUCAUAUUGCAGGAUUACCGCUUUACAAAACUAUUCUUGAGAGCAAUAAGUCCAUAUAUUUACCGGAUAUAAACAUGAUCAUAUCUUAUUCGGUUAUUUUAUUGAAUUUCUUAUUCAUUUCACAACAAAUCCUUCACAAUAAAAGACUCAUAAGACUUAUCAAUCGUACAAUUGUAAUUUUCAAGAGUGUCUCGGAAGUCUCAGGAAAUCGGAAUUUAUUCGGGCCAGAAUUGCUCUUCCUAUUCUUCUGUCGAUUAUCAUGUAACAUACACACAGUGGUAACCCUGUAUCUAAACUUAUGUUACCUUCCGUUCUACACUCGGCAGAUGGAUAGAAGAGACCUUUCAAUUGCAUACGUUAUUGGUUACCUUGCUUGGCUGGGAGUUCGAGUUUCUUCGGAUUUCCUGAAUUUUGGUUACAUCGUUAUUUCGGGAAUUUACUAUAAUCUUGGGAUUCAUAUGAUUGAGUUCGUGAAUCGAAUUGAACUGAUGGAAGGCAGACAAUUGUCGAAAUUAUUUCAAACUCACAUGUUGUUUGUGUUCUCCGAAGAAUUGGACAGAUGUGCAGUGUUGUAUUCGAAAAUAUACAAAUUAGCGAAAAAGUUCCACAGGAUGUUUAUGUCUCACAUGUUUUGCUUGAUUUUAGUACAAACUGUUGUGACUGUUUCGAAUAUUCAUUAUGUUUUUGUGAGGUAUUUGAUAGUGGGCGAAAUUGCUUGGAAUAUUGUGUUUAUUGUUUUGAUUUGUAUUUUUGAUUAUGUUAUUUUUAUAAUGUUAAUGGAUUUGAUUAUCAAACGCUCGAAAAUUCCUCAACAACUGUCGUUGGAAAUUAUUUUUUCGGAUAUUGAUGAUCGAUGGGAGAAAAGUGUGAGUAAAUUUCUGAUAUUUGGUUUAGGUCCUUUAUGUUAA